GAAAGCGAGAAAGCAAGGGGUCUCUCAUAGGAGUAUCAUUAUGGAUAAAACCCACAUUAUUGCUCUCGCGAAAAACAUUCUGUGUGAUCCAUAAAACCCUUGUUAGCGAUGUUCAGAUUCCGAAAGUGAAUCCAGGCUCACUAUGCGAUGAAGAACCAAGAUGUCUGGUUGUUAGGUGCAACAAAGAUAUUGAAACUACCCUUUCAUCGGCUGAAACAGAACCACAAGAACCAAUGGAGAUAUCACCACAAUUAACAGGAAAUACCAGUGACAAGAAUACACUAUUAACAGAAGACAACCAUGACAAGGAUCCCCUAUUAUUCGAGAGUGGUGCCAAUACUGGAUCUGUCCAGACUUUACAAAGUAAAGACAUCGCUCACGUAGUAGAUGUGCACUUGUUAAGGCCGAAGAACGAGUUGAGAGCACGAAUCAAGAAGUUAUCAGGUGAUAGAGAUCGUAAGGCUCAGAAAAAACUGAUCAAUGAAGUCGCAAAACAGCUUCCCAAUGACCUCUCGAGAAAUGCGAUCGAGAAAGGGCAAGGAAGAUUUAGAAUCUUUUCUGUAAUAUUGGAUAUGAGAAGAUACAACUGGUAA